AUGACACGCUACACACUCAAUGAUCACUUCAGUGAUUGGAACUUGAAGAAGACAAUGAUGUUGGAUGCAAUCAACACGUCAACAUUAGCACUGUGGCAUGCGGAUGUAGAGGCAUGGGAGGAAGACCAUACCAAGUCAAACCCCUUCAAAAGUCAAGUCAUUCAUGCAUCGGUUUCUUGGUUUCUAUCCUUCAAUACUGAUGAACUGUUUGCCGUGGUUCUAGCAAUGACUCAAGCUAUGGUUUGCUUGGAAUUUGCAGAACGUGAAAGACAUGACCUGCAAGAUGGAAUUGACUUGUUCCUUCAUGCUGAGAUUUCACCCAGCGUGCUCAUAGUAAAUGGACUCGAACUUGAAGACCAGCAGUGGUGCCUAUGUGCAGACAGGAAAACACCAAGCCAAAAUCCUUCCGAUAACCAAAAAGCCAAAAUUCAAAUAAUAUCCACCUGCACGCCCAUCUCAAUACCUUCAAAACUCUGCACAUCUGUAGCCAGUGGGCAAGUACCCGUGCACGCAGUGCUCUUGACCUCGCAGAGGCAAAAAAAAUGUGCCAGCCAACUCAAAUAUGAGGCUGCUCGUGUGGUGCUUGAUAACCUUGGGGAUCAUCUAGGUAUGGUCUUCAAGAUUAUGCAAAGAGUACUGGCAUUUUUCCGCUGGGAAAUGACUCAAUGGAAUGAAUGGGGUACUGCAUGGUCAUUUACUAAGGAUGCUGACCGCGAGGGGAGCGUUGCUUAUGCACAGUGCCAAGUAUCAGUUCAGGAGGGUCUGGUAAUGUGUUUCUCAAUGCUUUGGAGGGGUACUCUCUCCGCUGUGAUCUCCGAGCUUGAUCCGGUCCCUGAAAUCAACAACAAAAUGGCCGAUGAUCAAACACCAUCAUUGGAAGGUCCUCCUUUACAGGGUGAUGAUGAGUAA